CGGUUUUUUCUCGAGGGGGUAAACCGCUGACCAAAAUCAUGUACAACCAACGCCUAUACGAACGCCCAGCGGGCAUUAUCUUGUUUUAUCUUAUUUUAUCUUUCUAAUACCACAGCAAGGCCAGUAACGCCGCAAAUCUGUACACCACAAUGUCCUCAGCGGUUUAUUGCCUUCGGUUUUUCUGCCUGAGCGUUCCAUUCUGGACCAGAACAAGCCGGAAAUUGCGUAAAAUCGAGAUACAAUCUUCGCAAGUUCGACGCCGUUCUUUUUCGGGAAAGAUGCAUCUGGCCAAAACUGCAUUGUCUCGCACUGCAAACCGUAUAAACGUGUGUCGUCCGUAUUAUUCCGAUUUUCCGGUUCAUUAGCUACUCACCCGCCAAAGCGAGCCCCCUGGUUAUCAGUUUCGCUCCGCCGUGAUGCGCGCCGCGUUCGUCUCUCUCUCUCGCCCUCUCGCAUAUCGAGUCGAGUCGCGGACCACGGCGGAGUGAGCGCCCAGUAGAAAGAGUCAGUGCUGCGCGGGCCUUCGUGGCGUGAGGACGUGCCCUCCCCAGGCUGUUGCGUGCGCGCCGGUGGCGAACACAUCGAGUGCGUGCGUGCGUGCGUGCCUCUCGUGCCCGCGGCCUUCCACCUUCACUUUCCUCCCUCCCUCGCAUUCUUUCCUCGCUUUCCUCCUGGCUUAUCUCGCCACGUCACUAUCGAUCUACGCUCCGAGCGUGUGCCCCGCCGUAAACCGCUCCGCGGAACUUUGGAAACUUUCGCAUUCCCUCGUACCCUUCUCACUCCCGGCAUCGCGCGAAUUUCUCCCCCUCCCCCUCCUGCCGCAUCGCGCGAGUUCGAUGCGUUCCGUUUGUACACUUUCCCCCGCUGUCUCCCGCGGACUCUAGACGCGCUGGGCAGACACAAUCGGCCGGUUGAUAAUGCGAGCCGCGAUCAUGCAUCGGCCCAAGGGGCCUCGGAUACUCCCGUCGAUGUAGUCCGAAGCUCUGACGUCUUAUCGCAGCUAGUCAAGAACAAUCGCCAAUAAAAUAUACUUGCAUCGACGGCGCGUUGGCGUGGCGGAAAAACAACGACGGCGAUAACGAGGCGGACGUCGCGUCGCACGCGCGGCAGCCGGCGAUACAUCGCGGGGGCGACGCUUUAAUCGCUCAGAAAGAAAGAAAAUCAUGCGUCUCCUGACCGGCGCCGAUAUCGUUCCCGCACGCAGCAUCACCGAGGAUGUAUCGUUGGACAGCGAUGUUGGCUCGCGCGGAUCCGAGAAGUGCGGCGGCAGCAGCAGCAGCAGCAGCAACAGCAGCGGCAGCAGCAGCGGCGGCAGCAACGGGUGCAAUAGCGGAAACCGCGACGGCGUCGGCUACGCCAGCGGCCACGACCGCGGCCAACGGUACUGCGGCAGUAACAGUAGCGAUAACGGCUACGCGAGCGACGAUUUCUGGGCAUGUACGUCUUCUAUCCGGCGGACGAGCUCCUGCGUAUCUAUGAAAAUCCGAUUCGGCGGUCCGUGCCAUUGACUGUCAACGGCGCAGCGGUGAACGUCGAUUACGAGGAGAUAAAUCAGCAGUAUUAUCAGCAACAACAGCAUUAUCAGCAGCAGCAGCAGCGAAUCGUCGUCGCGAACGACGUCCGCAGACGCAAGGAGAAAAAGCGAGAGACUAGUCAGACGGCGGCCGGCAGGAAGCAAAUCGUGCGUAACGGCGACGGCGGCGGCGACGCCGGUAGGAAAGGACGUCGAAACGAGGAACAGCAGGCCAGGACUAUGCAAAAUAAUCGUGCCUCCGGCUCCGAAGAAGCCGCCAACCAUCCCCUCAAGGACCUCACGCAGCCGAGUCUCAACGAGUCGCUCAAGCAGCACAAUGGCGUCGCGCUCAAGCUCGUCCAGACGGUCUCCGAGUUCGCCCAGGAGUUGGGCGCCGCGAUGGAGAGCCACUCGGCGAACGUGCGACGUCUGGUCGACGAAUUUCGCAGCCGUUCGGGCGACUCGAGGGUCGACGUCGGCGGUAUGCGACGCGUCUGGGAAAGUCUGCUACGGCAGGUCGAGGCGGACGCGGCGUCUCACCUCGACCUGGCCGCGGUGCUGCAGCAGCAAUUGUCGAGGCCCACCUUAGAGGCGAGCUUCCAUCGUAAGCUGCAGUCCAGAAAGAUAUUCGCCCAUCGCGACGCUUACGAGCAGGUAGUUAGCAAGACGGAGGAGAAGUUGCAGCGCGCCCGAUUGGAUUACAAGCGCGCCUACGCGGCGUUGCUAACCAACGAGGCCGGCGGCGGCGCCGAGCAGGAGUUGAAGCGCGCUUACUUGGAGUCGCACAACGCCUAUAUCCUGCAGCUACGCGCCACGAACGCUAUUACCGAGCGCUAUCAGUUCCAUUGUUUGCCGGGGCUGCUGGGCGAGAUUGCGGAGGUCUACGAGGAACUUUGCGGGCUGGCCUGCAAAUGCGUCGCCGGGAUCUCGGAGGGGGCCGGCGAGCGAUCCGGCGAACAGGCCAAGCGCUACCAGGUCGUGGCCAAGGAAGCGCAGGCGGUUGUACCGUCCAACGAUCUACAGGCCCUGGCGCGAAAUCUGUCCGCGAACGCGACGCCGCGGAAGCCGCCGCGACGCCUGUACGUCGCGCCGGCACCACCCGAGCAGAUACCGAUGGAGAGAAUCAGUCAAAUACCCACGCUCAGGGACGAACUGGUACCGACGGGCACCAGCACGCUCCCGCUGAUGGAGGAUCUCAAACGCGACUACGACGGCCUCAGCCAGGAAAUAGGUCGUCUGCAGGACGCGCUGGACGCACUCGUGCGAAUGCAACGCAAGAGCGCCGAGAGUAAUCUUUACACCAAAGUAGCCGAGCUGCAGGAAGAUAUUUCUCUGAAGCGUCUCGACCUCGGCGUGGCGCAACUACGUCUAGCCGCGGUGCAGGCACAGAAAGAACUUUUCGGGGGCGGGGAGGCUGGGCAACCGGACGGAGUGGCCAGUCGGAAGAUGUCGAACGGUUCGACCGGAAGUCCCAAAUUGAAGUGGCUGAAGGCGUUCAAGAGCCUAAAGACCAGCUCGCCCACAACGCCGCCGCUGUCCGACAAAUACUGUUUUGCGAAUGCUCGACUAAUAAAGAGGAAAGCAGGCAACCAUGUACCAUGCAGUCUCCACCGUCGUCGCCAUGUCCAGUGGGACAUUAGCAUCCCAAGGAACCAGACAGCCAAAGAGCGUAAGCGUGGGACUUGGUCCAGUGGUCCCAGUGGUCACGAAAGGGUUGACGUUACUCUCGGAUUUAAUUCUCGCGGACAAGAUGCAUACGAUUUCCAAUUUAAUUUAACGCACUCUUCCCGCAAGAGCACGUGUGACGAACGGAAGAGCCUCGAGUCCGAGGGCGGGCACACCUGGCGCGAGUACACGUACCGCAAGAUCACGCCGUGCGACGCGUGCGGUCAGGUGCUGCGCGGCCACAGCCGCCAGGGCGUCCGGUGCCGCGGCUGCAAGGCGAACGCGCACACGGACUGCAUCAACAUGGUGCAGCCGGUUCUGUGCCCGAGCCUGGCGCCGAAGAAGGGCGGCGGUAUACCGCUUCUGCGGCGGCAAAAGACGCAGGUGGCCGACGAGGUGCCGGCGUCGUCCGAGCACAACGUGGACGCCAUAUACCAGGUGCUGAAGCAGGCAGGCGAGAUCCGUGGAAACUCGACAAACUCACCACCUACGCCUCCCACAGCAGAACACCCCCCCUCCGGUGCAGCACCUUCGUCAGCGAGGGCCUCCUCCCAUCCCUGUUCCUCGUCCACCUCUGCACCGCACAGUCCGCAACGUAGACGCGAGAGGCUGAACCUGCGGAUGAAGAGUCUGAGUCUGGACUCGCCGGAAGGAAGCGCCCACGUGCGGCAUCGUCCGCGGGAUUAUUACGCCGCGGGUCCACGGGAAACCACGCCGCCCCGACAUUCUGACAGCGGCAGUAUCAACAGGCUGUCGCCCUGCAGCCCGGGUCAGAGCCACGGCAUGCACAAACACGUGCGCAGCGCUAUCCGGAUGUCCAGCAUGGAGCUGCCGGACGACAACGAGAAGUCGUACUCGUCGGCGAGCACGUCGCCGUGCCCGUCGCCGCACACCAACAAUCAGAAUCACCUGAACCCACCCGGCAAGCGCGUCCUGCCGCCGAACAACCUCUACGUCGUUCUGUACAACUUCGAGGCGCGGCACCCGGACGAGCUGGAUCUCAAGGCCGGUUACAAGAUCACGGUGAUCGACAAAUCGGAGAAGGAUUGGUGGAAGGGCAAGUGUCUCGGCGGCCGUGCCGGCUAUUUUCCAAGUGCGUACGUGAUGCGGGUCGAGUCCGGUCAGAGGACACUCCAGGUCACGCGGAACCUGCAGCUCGCUGAUCAAACACUUCUACGAGACCAGAUCGUGAUCCAGGUCGGCGAAGAGGUGGACGGGGUGGCGAUGGUGAGGUGCGCGGCGGACGUGCGUUCCGCCGAUCACACGGGCAAGGAGGGCGACGUCCUCUACAAGGAGAUCCUCUGUCCCCUCAAGUACCUGCAGGAGGUGUGACAGCAGCCUUAUCAUCACC